GAAUUUGAAGUGAUGGAAAAAGUGAGAACGGCGUCACAACAUCGUCAGUUAGAUUAGGAUAACCCAGAACUCGGAACUCAAAACUCGAACAACACACAAAUUUCUUCGCGCAGUAAGAUUCGACGUAAAUUCCUCGAUGGAAUUUAAUCGACAUUCACAAAAGUCUUCAACGGCUGUCAGCAGCAACCGCAGCAACAGUAGCAACAAUAGCAACAACAACAGCACCAAGACCAACAACAACAGCAGCAGCAACAGCAGCAUCAACCAAAGCAGCAAGCAAGAAAAUGAUGCUGACAAGUCGAAGAAUAAGGAGGAAAAUACAAAACUGCGUGGACUGAUCAUGAAGCUAUCGAUGAGCGAUCAACUGCAGCUCUAUCACAAUCAUCAGGAUGUCGCCCAAUUGUGCGAUGGCAUUUGGCGCAGCAACUACAAACGCCUCGAUUUUCGGCAGCUGCAACACGAGCUGAGCGGCGACAAUUUGAACUAUUUUCUCAGCUGUAUGCAGGAACAUUUUCGCUACGUUUAUUUCACAGCCGAUCGCCUGCAGGACAAUCUGAAUAUCCUCGAGCGUGCUGCCAUCAAGGCCCUCGACUCGGUUCAGCACUGUGAGCUGCUGAUGUCGUCUCCGCCCUCGGAUUCACAGCAAUCGCUGCCAUGUGAAAGCGGCGCUGGCGAUGCCGGACUGGGGCGUGUUGGGGUCAUUGCUGCGGUGCUGGGGGGGACAUUGAUGCCACAGUGGCCGCUGCAUGCGUUGCCCAAAAUGUUGCGCAAUCUGCGUCGCCUGAAAGUGCACUGCGAGGUGCAGGUGCAUUUCAUUGAGCAAUUCCCACAGCUCGAAUUGUUGGUGCUCUAUGGCGACAUCUCGCAAUCGGCGUUGACCGGCAUCUUGGAGCGUUGCAAGCAGCUGAAGCGUUUGUUCAUCAAGUGCAAAAAGUCACCCAGCCAUCUGAAGGGCAUUGACAACUGUUCGCGCCUCGAGGAUGUUUCGCUGCCCAUCGCUCUGUUGCAGCCGGCCCAAGAUGCCAUCUUGGCACUGCCCAUGCUUCACAUGCUCGAACUGACUGGCAGCCAACAGCUGCCCGAACUGAUUGUUGAGUGCAUGCGUUUGGUCAUCAAGGCCCAGGCGGCGAACAUUGAGAUCAUUCAGCUGAAUUGUGGCUGCUUUGAGGGACCGUUGUGGAUGCGAGAGACGAGUCUGUCGCGUUGUAAACGUCUGCAGGGACUCGUGUUGAACAAUUGCAAAUUCGAUGAUCGCGAGAUUGCCGACCUCAAGAUGCCGCGUGUCCACAACUAUUUGGUCUUGAGUGGUUGUCCCGAUCUCAAGGAGUAUCAGCUGUUGGACAUUGUCAAGAAGUGUCCGCAUUUGUCGGAGCUCUACCUGGUCGAUUGUCCGCUGCUCACGGGCAAGGUGCUGCACGAUAUCUUUCGCGUUCGGAGCAGCGAGAAGCUCGACUAUCCCAUCAGUAUUGUGCUCAGUCGCUGUGAUGCCAUCAGCAACGAUUACCAGGAAGAGUUCUUUGAGCACUGGGAAUCCAAGUUGGAUGUGCUUAAGCUCGAUUGCUUGCUAGAGGAGAAUCGCCCCAUUGAGGAUUUACAAUUGUUUUUCUACAAGAAUCCCAAGACGCCACCUAUUCUGGAAAACUAGUCCAUCGUUGUCCACUCGAAAACAUAACGAACAUGAACACGAACUCGAACACGAACACGAAACCAAAGGCGCCGAGUCAUCCAUCUCCUGGGGAAAUGGGAAGUGCGGGAGGAGGAGCGUUAUCAUCUGACAUAUUCGCUUGUUAUUUUGUUAAUCGUAACGUUUUUCGUACUUCACUGAAGUGUAAUGUAAGAUUGCAGAUUCAAGUAAAAACAACCCGUAUACUUCCAUAGUGU